AUGUCAAAAAGCCAUGCUAUUUCAAAUGAGUCAUUUUUUGAUAUAGCUCUUGAUGAUGCUGGUCCAAGUCCAAUUUGCACCAGGCUUGGUUAUGAAAUGUGGGACCCCAUGAAGACUAAAAGCAUGUUUCAACAUGGGUCAAUUACUCCAUGUCAACCCCACAAAAGGGAAGACUAA